GCCACUACUCGGAACCGGUACUUGGUGCUAAACUUGCAUUGCUUUUUUUGCAUCGUGCAGUUGCUAUAUCUUUGCAUAUCCUUGCACAGGCGACUGCAAAUUUAUUAAACACUUUUUCUAACCUCGCUGUAUUUUUUUUCGGAAUUUUUACGAUUUUUUCCGUUUUUUUUUGUUUUUUUUUUCGUUUUCUCGUCUUCUCGUCCUUUUUUCCCUCUUGUUCCUGCAGAGGAUCUCCUUACGACCAUUUGUGAACGAUUUGGUACAUUCGUUUGCCUGUUACUGAGAACGUCUGACCGAUUUUCAUUAGGUUUUCUCGUUUUUCUUCAUCGUAUGCUCUUGCUGUGCUCGAAACAGACUGCUCCCUCGUUGUUUUAGCUUGGUCCUUCUCCGUUUGUGAAAGGUAGCAAACCGCCCGCCAGGCUUUGCUGAGUGAUUCCUUGAUUCUUGUCCAAUUCCCGACAUUGUCCCAGCCACGCUACGCAGAAACCGCUUUUACCGCCUUUGUACUGCCGUGGGUGUCACAGUUAUUGUCUGUCUCUAUCGUGUAUCAUCGUCUUUCGUUUGGCCUUGUCGACGCCCUUUGUCUGUACGACUAAAAUAUCCUGUACUAUUGUUUGCAUUUGACAUUUAGAUUUUACUAACAGUAAAGUUUUGUCAUUCCACUGCUCUCUGUUCUACUUUUCCUAAAAUUUAAAAAGAAUUCUCAAAAAAGACGCCACGAAUCUCACACUGGCUGUACUGAUUGUCAAGAAACCUUUUCUGUAAGCUUACUCUUGCUACUAUUACCGUGCACGCAAACGCACGUUCUAACCUUCUGCUUUUCCACUGUCUUUCUGCCAUCUUUGCAGAAGCCCCACACUCUUUACUUUUACGACUUACUUAAACAAAACUUUCAUAUCUGCUAUUCGUAUGGCUGCUACUAUUGCAUACUGCUUCAUGGAUGAACGCAUGCAGCCUUCGGUCGAAAAAAUUUCCACGAUCCCAAGUCUGAGCGUCCCGUCCCUAUCAAACAACGAACCCGUGAAGAUUACGACCAGUUUUCACCACGAUGCCGACGACUCUCUUGGGGAUUCUGCCGCCGUUGUCGUUCACAGUAACGAAAACGUGAACGCCUGGACGGAGGACGCGAGCACCGGAAGUGGGCACCUGCUUGUCCCUCUUGAUGCUUCUGAGUGUUUCGAGCGCCCGGGGAGCGCUCUCGGCUCCCACCCUAACCGGCGUCGUCCGCCCGGUGGCCGGCAUCGCCGGUCUGCCAUUUCUGUAGACUGGGCCCAGUUGGAAAGCUACAAGGCCCAGUAUCGUCAACCACCACCUCCUCCCCCUAUGACUUCUCCUUCCCCUGUCCCAACGACACAUCACAAACAAAAAUCGCCUUCCAAGUCCUCGUUACACUCGCCAGGGUCUCUUCACAAACGUUCGCCUACGAAAGUGGCCUUUGUGGACAAGGUACAGAUCAUCCCCCGAGUGAACAUUCUUGCAGACUCUGGUUGGCUUGGUUGCCGUACUUCUUUUGAUUCUUUUACUCGCGAGUUUCCUCUUUCGAACCACUUUAACGAUGACGACUCCGCCGCGGACAUUGACUUGAACCGCAUCGACCGUGUGGCGCCCCUUGAUCACAGCAGCACUUACAAAUCAACUUUAGAAGAUCUCAUUCCACAGGUGAUCAGUCAUGGCCCAGCAGCUGGCAGCCGGGUCAUGCCGACCUCCGUUAAAAAAGCCUUUGAUGACAUGGAUCCUUGGGGCGCCCCAGGUCCAACUCUCCCUACUCUUGCGGCGGCUCGUGUGUCAAUGGAGUCGCCUUUCUCUCCUGCUGGAACUUCGGUCAUCCUUGACACAAUAAAACAGCGCGGUCCAAUCUCCCGAAAGGGAAAGGUUCGCUGCGCCAGUAUGUCUUUACCGUCUUCUAGCGCUCCGUGUAGAAGAGAGACUUCACACGCAAGACACGUUAGUGUUAUGGCGCCUUCUGAGGUUGCACGUGCUUGUUACAAUCAUCCAACAGUUGCUCCAAAAGCUACUUUCUCCUUUCGCUCAUUUGUCACUCGUUUCUUUAAAAGGAAGUCUCAUCCACGUGCGUGAAGCAUGUUACUCUACUAACUUGAUAAAGAGUAAUCUUUCGCUAUAACCACUCAAAUCUCUGCUGCACACACACUCACACACUCUUUUACUUAAACGAACGCACUCUUCUUCUUUUUCUUUCUCUCUUAAACGCACGCAUUUGCCCUCUCUUCCUCUCUCUUUCAUUCUCUGCGUCUGAUUUCUCGCUCAUUUCCUUUUUUUGACGUAUUCAGCACACUCGUUUUCUUAUAUUUUACGUGGUUCUUUUUGAUUAUCGACUUCCUGAACUGCACCUUACGUUCUUUACUCCUUGCAGCUUAUGCUCGCAGUGCCCUUCGCAAAGUCGCGUCAAGGAAGCUAAAUUCAUGAAUAUUCCUAGCUCCUAAAUGUUUGUAUUUUCUUUGCAGCUCUUGAUGAUACGGAUGCCAAUUUCUAAGCUUCUUUUACCUGUUAUUGGUUCUGCAUUCCGUCAAAAAUAUGUUUUCAUUUUUUCCUCCUUCAUUUACUUAAACCCUUGGCCAUGCGCGCGGUAGCUUAGAAACAGCGCGCUAUUCGCCGUAAUCAUUGAGGCAGGGAGGUGAAUCGUGUUCUGUCGGCUCGCUACUUGGCGCUUAAAAGGCUACUUAGAUUGGAUCGAAGCACGGAGCUCUCCCUAUAGUCCUCCAAUCGUUUUUGUCUUUACUCGCAACUCUUCUAAUAUUGGUUUUUGAUGUGUUAAACAGGCUUAAAAUAAGAUAAUUGGUAACUUGCCACUUACUACUCUACUAUACCCAACUAGCCGUGCCCUGCGACGGGAAGGCGCAGGGUAGCAGCUGUCACUCUUGCUUUUAAUGAUGAAGACACGCACUACGCUGUCUUGCCUUUCAUGUUUUAUGAUUUGCAUCUCAUUGCAUUUUCUAUAUGGUAUAGUAAAUGAUCGUGUCCAAAUUAAUAUCAAAUUUUUUGUUCUCCUGUAAACACACACAUGCAGUGAUGCUCUCCUCCAAUUCCAAAAAGUAAGGAGUCGUUUAUCCAAAACGUAAAGUAAAGAAACAAGAGCCCUUGCUCAUAUCGAGUUCAGUUCAUCUUAAUGGUAAACUGCUAGCUUACUUUUGAGAACCACCGUACUUGCCGCGCCAGACCUCUUCCAUAGACUCAUCAAUACGAGUGAAGAGAUACUCGGCAUUGCCAAUGCGGUGUCCAGGAAGCAAGUCCAGGGUCCACUCGUCGGGAAUGGCAAGAGCGGGAGCGUUGAGUUGCUUGUAGAUACUGUCGCUCGUAGCGGGGAUGAAGGGAGAGAGAAUAGAGGCGAGAAGGUAUACAAGGUUCAAAGUGUAACCAAUAGCAUCAGCACACUUCUGUCUCUCGUUCGUGAACAGCUUGUUGUCAACACGGUUGUCUUGCAAGAACUGGUUGCCGCGGGCAGAGAGCUCCAUAGCGAUACGCAGACCCUCGCGAAGCUUGACGGCUUCCAAGGCAGUGUUGUACUUGCGCAGGAUGGCGUUCACGUCCUUCACCAAUUCAGUCUUGAGCUUGCCAGAGCCCACUGAAGCAUCUUCAAGAUAGUAAGGAAC